UCCAAACAAACGCAGAAAAGGAGGAAAAAAAAAAAAAAAAAAACACGAACUGUCUUUGGAAUCGGAAUAAUAAAACCGAAAAGGGGAACAUGUCGUGCUCCGUCGCAGUUGCUAACUCCCCGAUGUUUUCUCCGCCGUCGUCUCUGUUCUGCAACAAAUCCUCCAUGAUCUCUCCGGCCCCAGAAACCCUAACUUUACCGCCGCCGCCGCCGUCGGCCUUAUCACCGUCGGGAUUGGCUUCGUGUUCGUCUCCGUCGUCGCCGUUUCGGAUUCGGAUCCCGAAUCCGCCAAGCGGGUUGUCGUGUUCGGGUCCGGGGUCUCCAGUGACGCAGCUGAAGAGGAAGAGGCCGGCGAAGCUUUGUAUUCCGGUGGUGUCCUCGGGAUUUGGGACUGGUCCGCCGACGCUGUCGACGGCGGGUAGGAGAGAGAUGAUGGAGGAAGAUAGAGAAGGUUACUACUACGUGUGUUGCAAGAGAGGGAGGAGAGAGGCUUUGGAGGAUCGCUACUCAGCUAGUCUUAAUCUUGAAGGUGAUUCCAAACAGGCGAUUUUCGGUAUAUUUGAUGGGCAUGGAGGUGCAAAAGCUGCUGAGUUUGCAGCAGAGAACUUGUCAAAGAACAUUUUAGAUGAAGUUGCGAGGAGGGGUGAUGAUGAAAUUGGGGAGGCAAUUAAGCAUGGUUAUCUGAAUACGGACUCUGAUUUUCUUAAAGAGGAUUUUCGUGGUGGAUCAUGCUCUUUAACAGCUUUGAUCAGGAAUGGUAACCUGGUUGUGUCCAAUGCUGGCGAUUGUCGUGCUGUCUUGAGCAGUGGAGGUGCUGCUGAGGCCCUCACAUCUGAUCAUCGGCCAUCAAGGGAAGACGAGAAAGCCAGAAUUGAGAACUUGGGUGGAUAUGUCGAUUUAUGCCAUGGUGUUUGGAGAAUUCAGGGGUCUCUAGCUGUAUCCAGAGGAAUCGGAGAUAGGCAGCUUAAACAAUAUGUAAUUCCAGAGCCAGAGACCAAAGUACUCAGAAUCAAACCCGAACAUGAGUUCAUAAUCAUGGCCUCAGAUGGAUUAUGGGAUAAGGUUAGCAACCAAGAAGCAGUGGAUGUUGUUCGUCCUUCAUGCUUAGGCACUGACGGGCAAACUUUGGUGGCUUGCAAAAAUCUGAUAGAACUAUCUACAUCACGCGGCUCUUGUGACGAUAUUAGCGUGAUGGUAGUCGAAUUGAGACCUUACUUAUAAUUUUCGGCUUAAUGAGAGGUGGUACAUCGGAAAGAUCAUCGUGUUUGGACUUCGUAGUAGCCAUAUCUAUGCUAAAUUAUUUAACAAUCGUAGCUGCAAUUUUUUUAACACCCGUAGAAGGUAGAUCGAGCUUAGUCAUUGACUUGUAUAAUUGUUGCAGCCCUAUUCUUUAAUUCUUUGUAGAACUUGACUUAGUUCAAGAUGUUGAUUAAUUCCAUUCUUUUAGAAUAAUUUACGCA